UGCGGACCAAGUGAGUUGCGGAGCGUGCUGUCAACCGCGUCUCACUUCAAUUCCGAUCAGAAAAAGGACCGUAGACACUUUAGUAGAAGUUCAAAUAAUCUGACUUGGUUUAUCUAUCCAAGGUCCGAAGGAUUGAAAACCUUUUGGACGUGGAUAGGAUUCGUCAAGUCGACGAUUAAAAAUCUUCGUUCAGACACCUCGUAUCUUUUGAAAGAUCCAUUUUAACGAUUCGUCAGUCUACCAACCAACAAACCAACGACACAGACUUCAAGGAUGCUGCUACAGAACUAUACCUUCGAGAAUGGCCCUCAGGCUUUUGUCAGCGGAAUGGGUGGCGUUCAACAAAUGCAAGAAAGGUAUUUGGGUUGGAACAUACCACCGGAACACAUGGGACUCGUGCACGUACACUGGAGGGCAUACCUUGCACCUGGAAAAUAUUGGCACAUUGGACUCUCUCUUAUUUAUUUUAUGCUGUUUGUCAUGUCAGUCGUUGGAAAUGGAUGCGUCAUAUGGAUAUUUACCACAUCAAAAAAUUUGAGGACACCUUCGAACAUGUUUAUAGUUAACCUUGCCUUCUUCGAUCUGGCGAUGGCAGUUGAAAUGCCACACUUCUUAGUAAACAGUUUCCUACAACGUAUUUGGGGCUGGGAAUUGGGUUGUGCUAUAUUUGCAUUCUUUGGAAGUAUUUCCGGUAUUGGACAAGCUAUCACAAAUGCUGCUAUUGCCUAUGAUCGUUACAGAACAAUAUCGUGUCCGAUAGAUGGUAGACUCAACGGAUCUCAAGCUGGAUUAAUCAUUGCGUUUACUUGGUUCUGGGCUUUACCGUUUUCAAUUUUACCGCUUACCGAGAUAUGGGGCAGAUAUGUGCCAGAGGGAUACCUCACCACAUGCAGUUUUGAUUUUCUAUCAGAUAAUUCGGACACUAGAGUCUUCGUGGGAUCUAUCUUCUUUUGGUCUUAUUUAACACCGUUAAGCCUAAUCGUAUACUUUUAUUCUCAAUUAAUUAGAUCAAUUAGACAGCACGAAAAAAUGCUUCGUGAUCAGGCUAAAAAAAUGAACGUCAAAUCUUUAGUAUCAAAUCAAGAUAAGGAAAGAUGCGUCGAACUUAGAAUCGCUAAAGUAGCUUUCACGAUUUUCUUCCUAUUUCUUUGUGCAUGGACACCUUAUGCAAUUGUUGCAAUAAUCGGUGCUUUUGGUAAUAGCGAAUUGUUGACACCACACGUUGCCAUGUUACCAGCAAUUUUCGCUAAAAGUGUUUCCUGCAUAGAUCCAUGGAUUUAUGCUAUCAAUCAUCCGAGGUAUCGUCAAGAAUUAGAAAAGCGAUGCAAAUGGAUGGGAAUACGCGAACCAGAACCAGUUUCAGAUAAUGUUUCAGCUCAGACCGAAAAAAUUAAGACAGACGAACCUUAAUUCUAAAUAUUUUAUGUUCCUUAAAUAAAAUUUCGAAAUCGUUUCAGCAAAGACAAUUGAUCGAAUUGUAUUGAUAAUCCACCAC